GAGGAGAAAUAUGAAUGGCUCCUAUCAGGGCAUAGUUUCUGAUAAGCUGCUUCCUAACGUACUAAUGAUAAAAUGCACUGUCAAGCUACUGGAAGUGCCCUAACGUGACUGAUAAAGUGGCCUGCUUUCACUGACCUUUUGUGGGAUAUAGGCUGUGUUUGAGUGCUUUUUUUUUUAACCACAGACCAUGAUAGAGAAACCUUCACUGUUUUAUAGCAACUAGUAUGGCAGUGUUAUUCAGUAGCUGUGUGAUUGUAAAAUCUUGAUUUGAUCAACUUCUGUUUGAAUCAGAUAUCAACCACUUUGGCUGCUCGUGUGUUCUCUUCCUCCUUUUCUUGCUCUUUCUGUGAUCUGGUUCACAUGCAUGCACUCAUCACCUCUCUAUCCUUUUCUCUUUCUCCUUCUGCCCACCCUCCAGUCCUCAUAUUCAACUGCACACUACUCCCCAGCUCCCCACACCCCCUCUGUUAGAGACCCCCCCUCUGCUGUUUGCCCGAAUGGACCCCACAUCGGGUCCCAGACUGGUCAAAUGUGAGAAGCGACCCCUCCUGGGCCGCCAAGACCCACAGGAGCCCCCAGACCCUUUUGAUUAUGACGGCAUUGUUCCUGACCUGGAGAACGACGAUAUGUUUGCAAGGCGAACCCAGGCCUUUCAGUCCAACAUAGAUCUGGCUAUGAUGAAGACUCAGCUGUCUGCCAUUCGCUCCUCACGUCGUCGCUACACCUCUGAGCCGCAACUCAAUAUCGUUACCCAGCCUCGCGGCCUUGGCAGCACCAAGGAAAGGAUCGAAUUCCCUGACAUCGAGCUGGACGAUAUGGUCUACAGAAAGGUCAAUCCUCAGCUUGUUCAGCAGCCACUCUCAGGCACCCCUGACCACUACGCCCCCAUGCCCAUCCCAGAGCCCUGGGCUCUGCCUCCUAAUCUGAAAGCCAGACUCCUGUGCCCGCCAUGUCCUUUAUCCCAGGAAUCAGCAGCAGAUAAACGGAAUCAGGAUGAGAAAGAGAUGCACCCCAGAACUGACGACAUGCUCGUCCGGAAGUUUGGGAUUUAUUCUAGUCAAAGUCAGCCAUCAGCCAAUCAGAUGACUCCCUCAGUACCAACUUCUUGCAGCGAAGGUGACCUGCAGAAGUGGCAGGCUAUUAGGGAAGCCAGUCGGCUCAGGUAUAAGAAGCGGCUGAUGGUGGAGAGGCUGGCUGUUCUGAAGUUGUAGGUGGUUGGAUAAAACAGUGCCUGUUGCUUUUACUCUCACUGUAGGUUGUGUAUUUUAUCUUUCCAUUUUCAUUCUUUUUUUUUUCUGUGAGAGCUCAUUAGUGGCAUUUCACUCUUGGACUAUAUUCUGUCUGAUAUUGAAGUGGCCUAUAUUUACAUUGCAUGUUGAUGGAGUGGUGCUAAGGCCACUGUGAUCACAGACAAGAAUCUCACCCAACAAAGCACUUCCUUCUGAAAACUUCUGUAAUACAUGUAGGUGCCUCCUGCGUUCACUGGAUCAGCCGCGACUAUUUGAACACAUUUCCAGUGGGGGAAAUGAAGUGAUAAAACCUACAACACCAGCUUUAUUGCUUAUAUCUUGUUUUCAAUGUUCUUUUGUUUUGUUUUUUUUUUACCUCAUAUUUGAAAAACGGAGGUUUUACCUGUCAGGUAGAUAAUUUACACUGCCUUUAAUGGGCACUUGAUUAUGGUAUACUGUACUUGAGCAUAACAGUAACAUAAUUGCAAAGCCCUGAUUGGAUGCCCUUACUGUACAUCAUAACUCUCUGCUGCUAUGUCUUUUGAAGUGUUACUUUUGAACAAAAUUGCAUGAACUGUCUCACAGCAUUGACCAAAAUUAUUAUGAAGUACAUCAUCAGCAUUGGUAAACUCAAAUUCAGUGUUUUACAUUUGCCUUCAUUUUUCUUUCAUUGGACUGAGUUUGCCUGUGAAUGGAACAACUUUCUGCAAGCUUAAUAAAGAAAACCGCAGACUUUA